AUGGCAGCUGCUAUUCCUUUCCAACAAGCGCAUCAUUCGUCAUCUGAGCAAGCCUCCCAUGAUCCUCACCAUGACUUGAGGCUGGAACAGAAUCACUACAUUGGUAUCGAUGUGGGCACAGGUAGUGCACGUGCCUGUAUCAUCAACCAGAACGGUGACAUUGUGGGUCUCUCUUCGGAGAAUAUUGGGUUGUGGCAGCCACAGCAGACCUAUUAUGAGCAGUCAACCACCGACAUUUGGAAAUGUAUUUGUGUCACUGUCCACCGCGCCUUGAGCCAGGCGAAAAUCGACCCUUCCACUAUACGAGGGAUCGGAUUCGAUGCCACGUGUUCUCUUGCCGUCUUCACCCACGACACUGAUGAGCCUGUUUCGGUCACCGAACCUGAUUUCCAUAAGAGCGGCAACGAUCACAAUGUCAUUUUAUGGCUUGACCAUCGACCCAUGGAGGAAACCACCAAAAUAAAUGCCACGAAACACAACCUGUUAAGGUACGUUGGAGGUACAAUGUCAGUAGAGAUGGAGAUUCCCAAGGUCUUGUGGUUGAAAAAUAAUAUGCCAAAAGAGCUUUUCGAUCGAUGCAAGUUCUAUGAUCUCGCAGAUGCUUUGACUCAUUUGGCAACUGGAAAUGAAAAGCGGAGCUUUUGUAGCGUCGUGUGCAAACAGGGAUAUGUUCCUGUCGGUGUUGAUGGCAGUGUCAAAGGAUGGCAGGAGGACUUCUUGAAGGAGAUUGGACUGGAGGAUUUGACGGAAGAUAACUUCAAGCGCCUGGGUGGCGUCGACGGGGUGAACGGCGAAUACCUUUCCGCUGGCGAACUCACGGGCACAUUAUCCGAAAAGGCUGCAGCUGAGCUCGGACUAAAUGCCGGGAUUGCCGUUGGCAGCGGCGUGAUAGACGCAUACGCAGGCUGGAUCGGCACUGUUGGCGCCAAUGUUCCUUUGCAAGACCAUGAGUUAAGUGCAGAUAGGCCCAAGAAUGAUCAGUCGCAGGCAUUUACUCGACUAGCCGCUGUUGCUGGAACCUCUACCUGUCAUCUCGUGAUGUCACAAGAACCAGUCUUCGUUAAUGGUGUCUGGGGCCCAUACCGUGACUCGAUUAUACCAAAUUAUUGGAUGGCUGAAGGUGGUCAGUCAGCGACGGGUGAGCUGCUCAAACAUGUGUUGGAGACGCAUCCUGCAUUCAAUCACGCAACAUCUAUGGCCGCAUCCUAUAAAACAAACAUCUAUGACUUCCUGAACGAACACCUACGAGAUAUGCAGACGAAGGUCAACGCCCCCAGCAUCUCAUAUCUUGGCAGACAUUUCUUCUUUUAUGGCGAUCUAUUUGGGAAUCGUUCACCUAUCGCCGAUCCAACCAUGAAAGGCUCUGUUGUUGGUCUUUCAAGCGACAAAAGCUUGGAUGGCAUGGCUCUUUACUAUUACGGCGCGAUGGAGUUUAUUGCUCUACAGACAAAGCAGAUCAUCCGUACGAUGAACGAGGCGGGGCAUAAGAUUAGUUCGAUUUUCAUGUCCGGCUCGCAAUGUCAGAACGACAUCCUCAUGUCUUUGAUGGCUACCGCUUGUGAGAUGCCGGUUUUCAUCCCGCGAUAUGUUCAUGCCGCUGUUGUGCAUGGUGCAGCCAUGCUAGGUGCUAAAGCAGCAAGUGUUGGGAAGGACGGCAAAACAGAAGACUUGUGGAGUAUAAUGGACAGAAUGAGCAAGCCUGGGAAGAUGGUCAAGCCGACGGAGAUGAAGGGCGUGACUGAGUUGUUGGACGUGAAGUAUAAGGUCUUCCUGGAACAAGCAUCUGGACAGAAGAUGACCUCUUCUCCGCGAUCGCCGUCUCGUAGGCGUUCGCGCACUCGAUCCGGAACCCCUACUGCGGUGAACCGAGAACCAUCCCCGUCCAGAUCGCAUCUAUCCUCGCCCACACGUUCUCCUCGUCGUACGAUAUCAUCACGAUCGCGCUCCCGCUCGAGAAGCUUGAGUCGAACUCCAUUAGCACGGAACGGAAGUCCAAGCAGGGCCAGUGGGGAUAGAAGGUACCGCGAAAGGAGCUACAAUCGAAGCAUAAGCAGAGAUAGAGCACCCAGGCAGAGCUCAAAGAUUGUGGUGGAGAAGCUUACGAAAAAUGUCACCGAGGCGCAUCUCAGAGAGAUAUUUGGCUCGUACGGAGAGAUUGAGAGUUUGGAUAUGCCCAUGAACAGACAGUUCAUGACCAAUCGCGGCACAGCUUACAUCCUCUACGCUCAUCCGUCGGCCUCAGGGUCCGCAAUUGCCCACAUGCAUGAAGGACAGAUCGACGGUGCUGUUAUUAAUGCCGAUUACCACCGCCUCUAUCGUCCCGAGGGGUUCCGCCCUUACGUGGUCCACCAAGCAACAGAUACCGAUCACCACCGCCGAGAAGGGGUGGAUACGGUAGCCGUGGAGGAAGAGAGGAUGAUGUUUACGUUCCGCACCAUGGUUAUUCCCGAUCACGCUCGCCGCCACCGAGGAGGCGGCAGCGAUCAUACAGCUAUUCAAGGUCUCCUUCGCGAACACCACCUCGCCGGCGAGGUCCAACAGCCAGGAGCCCCCCCAGAAGGAGAAGACGGAGUCCAAGCUACAGUUCUUAUAGUAGUUACAGCCGGAGCAGGAGUAGGAGCAGGACAAGGAGCCGCUCCAGAAGUCGAGGCAGAUACGGGCGAAGAUAAGACGUUCCCGUGCAGGGGGAGAAGGUGA